CUGCUGGCUGGACACUGGGACUUUCCAGCAGGUUGCGGGCUCUGCUCCUUUAAUGUCUGAGCCGAUUUCCAGCUAGCAGCAAUUUGCAACAGGCUCAGCGAUCCUCCCCCUGCUGGAUUAUUUAACAGGUGCUGAGUCCCAUGUCGCCAUCUGCUAUAGGAAGAAAAACACCACCAAAUAUUCUCCGGGGCCCAUAAUGCGACAAAACAAUACCAGGCAGCGACAGAAAAAAAGGUAAAUAGAUUUGACUAAAUUGAUUUCUGGGUGGAAGAAAGUUUGCAACAGGUGUCCAGGACGGAGGAUCCCGCAGAAUAGACGCAUAACUGAGCUGCACGCCGUCGCGUAAAAACAGAGGUCAGUUCAGUUGGGCUCUAAUGAUGAACUUGAUGAGUCUUAUUUUAAUAUUUAAACGCUGUUCCGCUUCUGGGAGUAUUUUGCUUUUGACCAUCGGCCUGUGAAACUCCAUGGAGCGGUAAUUCCCCCCCACCCCCCAACCAAAGACACUAACCUGGUGACUGGCAUGAUCUGAGGUGUCGUGAAAUACAAUGGUUUACUAAAUCGGGGUCAACGUAGUAAGUGAGGGAAGACGCAGCAUCAUCAGCAUCAUCAUCAGCAUCAGCAGCAGCAGUGAUGGUGGUGGUGGAGGGCGACAGGGCGCUGCUCGCCGCCAGGCAGGGCGACGUGCAGGCUCUCAAAGUGCAAUUAGCGGAACAAGCGCUCAACGGGGACGUGAAGGACGCGCUGGGAGCCUCGCCCGUCCACCACGCAGCCCGGGCCGGCAGGCUGGCCUGCCUGCGCUUCCUGGUAGAGGAAGCCGGACUGCCGGGGAACUGCCUGGCCAACAACGGGGCGAGCCCGGCGCACGACGCGGCGGCCACCGGCAACCUGGCCUGCCUGCAGUGGCUGCUGAGCCAGGGGGGGUGUCGGCCAGAGGACAGGGACAGCUCUGGUGCUACCGUCCUCCACCUCGCGUCCCGUUUCAGCCACCAUGAGAUCACCGACUGGCUGCUGAAGAGUGGCGACGUGGAGCCAGAGGCCUCCACGGAUUCAGGCGCCUUACCUCUUCAUUAUGCCUCUGCCAAGGGAGACAUGCCCUCGCUCCGAUUGUUACUGGGGCACAGCCCAAAUGUUGUCAACUCCCAGACUAAGAAUGGUGCCACACCGCUCUACCUGGCCUGCCAGGAGGGCCACCUGGAGGUCGUCCAGUACCUGGUCAAGGAUUGUGGGGCAGAUCCGAGCAUCAGAGCCAACGACGGGAUGACAGCUCUGCAUGCUGCGGCUCAGAUGGGCCACAACACCGUCAUUGUCUGGCUGAUGAGCUUCACAGAGAUCAGCCUGACAGACAGGGACAGCGAUGGAGCCACGGCCAUGCACUUUGCAGCCAGUCGCGGCCACGCUAAGGUGCUCAGCUGGCUGCUGCUGCAUGGAGGAGAGAUCGUCACCGACAACUGGGGAGGGACGCCCCUCCACGACGCUUCGGAGAACGGCGAACUGGAAUGCUGUCAGAUCCUUGUGGUCAACGGCGUUGACCUGGGCAUCCGAGACCAGGACGGCUUCACGGCAGCAGACCUGGCCGAAUACAAUGGUCAAUCACAGUGCGCCAAAUACCUGCGGACAGUGGAGAACAUGAGUGUGGAGCAUCGCGUUUUGUCGAGAGACCCCUCGACAGACCUGGAGUACAAGCAGCCAGACUCCGGCCUCUCGUCCCCCAACACCACCAUGCCCCCUGCCAGCCAGGCGGCACACUUCGACAUCGGUUCCCCGUCGAGCUCCUUGUCCAACUACAACUCAGCCAGCUCCAGCCAGUCCAGCACCGGGGAGAAGAGGAGCAGCCUGACGACGACUCGGGGCCCGCCCUCUCAACUCAAUACAGUUGCACAAGGUGCAUCAGAGUCGGCCAUUUCGGACAUGCAGGCGUAUAUGGACAUGCUGAACCCAGACAUCAGAACCGAGGCGCCCAAGAAGAGCGAGACACCCGCCGAAUCCGCCUGCAAACCGCCGCCGCCACCUCCGUGUUACCCACCACCGCCUCCCCCACAGCCCCCCUCACAGCCCCCGCCGCCGCCGCCGGGCUACCCGCCUCCCGUGCCGCCUCACGAGCCCACGUCAGCUGAGUUCCUGAAGGUGAAAAGCAACUUACGGCGCGUGGAUAACAACGACAAAAACAAUGAGCAGCUGACGCCCAGAGAAGACCAAGAUAACCUGCGCCGGGUGGAUUCAAACAGGAAGUCGAGGAGCUUUAGCAAGCAGCCCAGCACUGGGGACUACUACAAGACUCUGGGCAACGACGCGGCCGAGCCCCUUUGGAGCAAAGGCAUGUCGCCCAACGAGGAGGAUUCGGUUUUAUUGGAGGAGCCCGCCGAGAGUCCCACCCCCAGCUCUGAAAAUGGCACCACGCAGGAGUCGGCACCGCCCCCACCCCCUCCGCCUCCACCUCCACCUCCUUUGAGCAAUCCCCUGCCAACACCCCCUCCGCCUCCUCCACUCCCUCCAGAGACGCCAACCUACCAGUACAACGCCACCUCCAAUCAGAGACGCCCAUCUUCCUCGUCAGGAAUUGGGCAUAUCUCUGCCACUCAGGCAGAAGGAGGACUGCUUAGACAGAUAAAGAGCACAAAAUCUUUCAACAUGAUGUCCCCCACUGGUGACAACUCGGAGCUGCUGGCAGAGAUCAAAGCAGGAAAGAGCCUGAAGCCCACACCGCACAGUAAAGGCUACACAACUGUCUUCUCCAACACCGGGCCCACAGGCAACAAUGGAACCAGCACAUCUCCUGAGGCACGAUCAUCUAGCCCACCUCCCAAACCCUCGACCCCUCCACAAUCCAGCACACCCGUGGCCUCCCCACCCACGACCCCCAGCCCCAGCCCCAGCCCCACCGGCUCUGGGUCGUCCAGGACCAUGUCGUCCUCUGCCAGCUACGAGAAGCUGUCCUCCAACUCAGUAAUCAACGGCGGCAGCACAGGAAAAGCCGGGGAGUCUGGGAGGAAGACGAGUCUGGAUGUGGAAGCCCUAGUGCCCACUCAUGACGAGCAGGGAAAAGCCAUCCCUGAGUGGAAGAGGCAGGUGAUGGUGCGAAAGCUUCAGGUCAAGAUGCAAGAUGAGGAGGAUCACAAACGCAAGGUUGAAGAGGAGGCAGCGCGCCUGGCAUCAAUGCCGGCCUGGAGGAGAGACAUGAUGAAGAAGAAAUUGGACGAGGAGAAAUGUGACAGGGAACAAAAAAGAAAAGCUGAAUCACAGGCCAAACAGGCGAAGGAAAUAGAAGAGAAGAGUGAGCUGGAGCGACUACGGACCAUGGGCUACGACGAGACCAAACUGGCCCCCUGGCAGCGGCAGAUCAUUUUGAAGAAAGGGGAAGAAGCCAAAAAGUGAACUGGAUCUCCUGCCCCUCCACGUUCCUGCAGCGUUCCUCACCCUCAAACACUUACACCCCGACACCUGUCCCUCCAUCACCCUCUAACCCACUCUGUGCACCACACAGCCGGGAAGAACCCCCCCAGUAAAUGCUGUCGUCACUCUUCGGGCCUCCACUAACUCAGGCUCAUGCCGUGAGCGCUGAUGUCCACACAGGCUUUGGCGCUCAGCUCGGGGGAGACGCAACAGAAUGGUCCUUCAAUUCCCAAUAAAUCUCAAGAAAAAGACAAGAACUCCUGGUCCUUUAGUGCAACAUCUCUGACAUGCACUGACUUAUCUUGCUAAGGCAUUUGCCAUAGAUGCACGCGUUCAGAACUAAAUUAAGAUCACACAUAGGGUCUCUUUACAUUCUUGCGAAUCACUAGAGAGGAUUUCAUGUAGAAGAUUUUGAUUUUUUUUUUUGUGAUAGAUUUAAAGAGGCGACUUCUGAGCCUGUUAUUGCUUUUAUUUUGUCCCUUUGUUAACCCCACUCACCAAUAUACAAUGAAUGGAAAAGUAGCUCCAACAGUUUUCAUCUAAACAUGGAUUUCUCAGCGAAGGCUUGUUGCACCGUGAAGCAGCUCAUGCAUUCUGUAUGUAAGUAGUAUCGCAUCUUUACCAUGUCGUAGUCGUGGCAUAUUUGUAUCAAGCUUAUAGAAGCAGUUUCUAGGCUUCAUUUUACUGCCAGAGUUGUAAUUCUUGUAAAGCACGUCCCAACACAGCUCAAACUUGUCCAUUUAUUUAGUUAGGUAUGUUGUAAUUUCUCUACAAAUUGAUGUCAUGUGUUAAUUGAACGUGAUCAAUUUUCACUGAAAAUUGUAAUUGAAUAUUGAACUAAUUUCCCCCGAAAUAUAAAGCUAGCGUGAUCGUGAAUGUUAAAUGUUGUAUGCAUCUGUUGCAGAAUAAAUGUCAAGCAAAUUGUGGCAUACUAUUGGGCACAAUGUAUUUUCAAAAUAAAAGCAAAACAUUUUUAAAAUGCACAGAAAUAUUAGAAUUCUGCCAUAUUUCUGUAUGAUCAUUAGCCUGGCCAGCCAUCCUAUUAUUUUUUUCUUAGAGAAGAGAAGUGGAUGGUUACAGCUGGCCAGGCAACAUGAGCAUAGCCUUGAACAGAAAUACAAAAACAAUAAUAUUGAUAAGACAAGCUGCAUCGUACACCGGUUAUCUACACUCUUAAUAUUGCAGAAGUCAAGAAAAGGCAUCAUUUGUCCUGUUCCCUGUUCCAGCCUCUGUCCCAUUAACCCAGUGGAUGAAUCUUUGAUGAGCAGGUCAGCUUACACAUGCUAGCGUGCCCUCUGUCUUUUUCAUAAGGAAACCUACACAAAUACCAGGCUGAUUAUUAUUAUGUUGUAUUCACUGUUUCAGAGCUCCUUCCAUUUCCAGGAUUUUAAGUCAUCUUACGACUUGUUAAAGGUUUAUUUUUGGACUUUUGGAUUUCAUUUCAGUAAUGUGGCAAAUCUGUGGUGGAUAUUUUAAGAUUUUAAAUUGUGCAUGUGCAUGAAUCGAUGGACUGAUUAAUAGUACGACAGAAACCUCACAACCAUGCUCUUUUUCUGUUCAUGACUAUGGAUCUUCAUAAAUAAUGGAAAAUAUUCUGUUUACCUCUUCUAUGCUGGAUGUACAUUUUUACAAAUACAGUGUAUCAGACAUGCACAUCAUGUCUCCUUGAAUGAUAUGGGCCUACUUGAUCAUUUGGAAAUAUUCUGAUUCACUGUUCAUCAGAUGCCAUAUUAUAUUAAACUUAAAAAUUAUGUAAAUGUCAUUGCCAUUUAAUUUUCUAUACAUAUAUAUAAACCCUGUAUAUAGAGACCCUCAGAAGUUUGUCAUCUCAUUAUUUCCAUAUUGCAUUAUAUUACAGCCUUGCUUGGAUAGAAAGUUGGCUUAAUCUUGUACAGAUGUAUUUUCAGACUGUUAAAUAUGAAGAGAAUAAAUCUUUGAUCACCAAAAGAUGUGUUUAUCUGCUUGUAAUCUUUUUUUUUUUUUUUUUGCUUGUUCUGUACACGAAUUAAACAGAUCAUUAGUCAGAUGCGACGAAGAUGUACAAAAUAAUGUGAGGACCUGCGCCUACCAUGUAGUCAGAGGUGUCAAGUAACAAAGUACAAAUACUUUGUUACUUUACUUAAGUAGAAAUUUUGGUUAUCUAUACUUCACUGGAGUCAUUAUUUUUCAACAACUUUUUACUUUUACUCCUUACAUUUUCACACAAUU